AUGGAGGGCAUGGACGUGGACCUGGACCAGGAACUUAUGCAGAAGUUCAGCUGUCUGGGAACCACCGAUAAAGAUGUGCUUAUCUCUGAAUUCCAGCGCCUACUGGGCUUUCAGCUCAAUCCUGCGGGCUGUGCGUUCUUCCUAGACAUGACCAACUGGAAUUUACAGGCAGCAAUCGGGGCAUAUUAUGACUUUGAGAGUCCAAAUGUCAAUAUCCCUUGCAUGUCUUUUGUAGAAGAUGUAACUAUUGGUGAAGGCGAGUCUGUUCCUCCAGAAACACAGUUUACCAAAACUUGGAGGGUUCAAAACACAGGAUCUGAAGCAUGGCCGCCAGGUGUAUGUCUGCGGUAUGUGGGAGGUGAUCAGUUUGGCCAUGUGAAUAUGGUGUUGGUCCGUUCUUUAGACACACAGGAAAUGACAGAUGUCAGUGUGCCAAUGUGCAGCCCUAAUCAGCCUGGCAUGUACCAGGGUCAGUGGAGAAUGUGUACUGCUACUGGCUUGUAUUUUGGAGAUGUCAUCUGGGUUAUUCUGAGCGUGGAAGCUGGUGGCCUCUUGGGUGUAACUCAGCAGCUCUCUUCCUUUGACACGGAGUUCAACACUCAGCCCUCAUCGCAGUGUAAGUGGCGACUACAACCCCUUCGCAUCACCACAGAAGAAUCGUUCCCCAGAAGGGGAGAACAUGGGCACCUGGCCUGAAACAGAGACUCCUGAAAGAGAACAGAAUGGACUAUCUCAGACCUCUGUAAAUAUAUGUGCAACAGAUCGUCCAGCAAGCCGUUCUGUAGCAACGUAUAGAGAGGUGAGGUGCUGUAGUCUGCCACUGGAAAAU